UCCUUAACCGAACUCAGUGAAUUUCAAUGAAAACUUGCAACACGUGCACUAAAGAGCGUUGCUGCGUAAUACCUUCUGCAUUGAGUUUCAUGGUUUUUGUUGAUAAUUGACGAGAAUUUCAAAAUGGUGAAACGGAAAGCCCAGGAGAUGUUGAUGAGACACAAGAGACGAAGGAAAACGAACCAGGCUGCCCACGAGGCAACCAAAACGGCCACAGACAAAACGAGUCAGUUAUCGAGAACCUGGAUGAAUAAACAGAGGGUGCUGGUGUUUGCAGCGAGGGGCGUGUCAUACAGAGGCCGGCACCUCAUGCUAGACCUGCGCACUCUCAUGCCGCACUCCAAAGCAGAUGUGAAGAUGAACAGUCGGGCUGGUAUGUUCCAAAUUAAUGAGAUAUGCGACAUGAAGAACUGCAACAAGUGUGUCUUCUUUGAGUGUCGCAAGAAGAAAGAUCUCUUCAUGUGGUUUGCUAACGUUCCACAUGGACCAUCGGCCAAAUUCCUGAUAGAAAACUUGCACACCAUGAGCGAGCUGAAGCUAACAGGGAACUGUCUACGGGGUGCCAGACCGAUACUCUCAUUCGGCAAGGAGUUUGACGAGGAGCCACACUAUCAGCUUCUCAAGGAGUUGUUCAUCCAGAUAUUCAGUACUCCGAACCUCCACCCAAAGAGCCAGCCGUUUUUCGACCACAUGUACACCUUCUCUGUCCUCGACAACAGAAUCUGGUUCAGAAACUACCAGAUCUUGGAAGAAGAUGGUUCGUUGGUGGAGAUUGGUCCUCGCUUCUGCCUCAACCUGAUCCGGAUCUUCAAGGGCAGCAUCGGGGGCCCAACGUUGUACGAAAACCCCAAGUACAUCUCACCAAAUGAGCAAAGACGCUUCCUCAAGAAACAACUGGCGCUCAAGUUCCAGGACCGUAAAGAGUCCAUGAAAGGAAGGGAGGAACGUCGCCUCACCGAAACUUACAAGAUGGACAAUCUGGACGAGGUGUUCCACACCAUACGGCCCGAGGACGCCAAAGGGAGCGAGAAGCUCACGUUCUUCCGGAAGACGGCCACCGGGGCGGGGAGCCGGGGGAAGAAAAAGAAGACUCAAGACGGGAACCAAUAGAAAAGAGCAGAUGUAGGGGGGAAACGCACCGAGCAGGGAACCAGUUAAAACGAACACAACAUGGCACUACAACGAACACAACAUGGCACUUAAACUGGUAACCUGUAGUCAAGCAAAACCCGACUAUUCAAAGCAGAUGCAAGUGCUUAGCGUUCCACCGACUUGACUAAACUGGACAUUUUUGGACACUUGUGGAAAAUUAAUAAGCAAGUCUUGAAAACCUAUACAAGACAAUUCCAGAGGCCCACAUAAUCGACUACCAAAACAAAACGACUAACGGUUUAUGUAUCCUGCUUGAAUCAGGAAAAGAUUGGGUUGUUGUUUUUUUUACUUCGCAACCGAUAUUUUAUUUGAAUAAACAGUGAACCCCGAAUGAGGGCCUGUUUUCUGCCACAAACAUUUGAAGUUAGUUAUACUCAAAUCAAUUAACCGCAGACUCAUUUUAUUUCUUCCACAGCCCCUGAAGUUUAUUUUAUAUUCUCAAAAUCUCACUGGGUACAAACAGAAAGUAAUGUUGUGAUGUCCUACUCCUAAUGUGAUACGUAAAUAAAUCAUUAAGUGGUACAGUACGGGUCAUUCCGAUAAAACUAGUCUGUGUGGUCUCCGCACCAAGUCCAAGUUUUUUUUAAUAUCUGUGUGCCCAAACACUCUUUUUACUCAUUCAAAGUACUAAAUCAACGUAGCUUUAGUGUUUAACCCAUUACCACCUGUGACACCUGAUUAUAUGGCAUAUCCAGGUUUAUGGCUUCUGACUAGCGCCCCUUGAACAAAAACAAUGACAUUGGGGAACUGCCAACAUAGGGCUGGAUAGCUAAGUUGGUAGAGCAGUGGAACGGCAAUCCGGAGGUCGCAGGUUCAAACCCCGCUCCAGUCAAUUUCUUUGUCCACGUUUUUGUCUUUUUUAAAUCAAUUGAAAUAUUCAUGUGCUUGAUUACAAACUCGGCAUCUACAUGAGUGCAUUUUACACGUCUUGAGGCACUUCUGUAAUCACAUAAUCACAACAACAAAAAUUAUACAAAUCCCGACUCCUGAAUAUCAAUAAUUUAUACAUUACACGAAAUAAACAAAUUAGCUACAGGAUAUGUCAAUAUUCACUACAAACAGACGUGAUAAAAAGGAGUGUCAAAAGUUACACUAGAAAGUAGCGUACGUGCAUUAUUUUUCAAAAA